GUUUGGUUUCUCCUUAGAAAGAUCUCGUCUUUAUCAGUCAAAGUUGUUGCAGAAAAAAGGGUCCUUGAAUUGAUCAAGCCUUCACUACAGAAGACAGACGGAAGAGAAAACAAAGAAAAUGUCCGACUAUCUGCCUCCGGAAGUGUGGAUAAACGUCCUGAAGAGGCUACCGGUCAAGUCCCUCCUGCGAUUCAGGAGCGUAUGCAAGGAAUGGUAUUCUCUCAUCACAAACCCUCAUUUCAUUUCUCAGCACCUCGACGCAUCACUGGCCACCCCUCGCACACUCGUUAGGUACAUAACCCAGAAUCCGGAUCCCCCUGAUUGUCCGCUGAUAGAGCAUUAUUCGUUCCGAUUAGAUAACAGCCAUGGUUUUGAUGAGUACGCAGAACACGAGUCCCCAACCAAGAACCCGGGUUCUCGGUUCCAUAUCUUUGGUAGUUGUAACGGGUUGCUCUGUCUCUAUGGUUGUCUGGCGGAAAACUCUUUUCCUAAAUUACUUUUAUGGAACCCAUUGGUCGGGAAAAGCUUGGCCGUUCCAGGACUGGGAGCCGGUGGCUGGUUUCAAACUUUUGGAUUUGGGUUUGAUGAGUUGAGAAACGAUCACAAGGUGGUGGCGAUUUUGGCGCUAGACAUCCAAGGAUUUCAGCCUCGGGUUGAGAUUUACUCUCUCAACUCUGGCAUGUGGCGAGAGAUUAGUCCUGAGGCCCUUCGAUGUCCUGUCCCCUUUAAAUUCCCGCAGGCCUAUUUAAAUGGGGUUGCACAUUGGGUUGCAACCGAUCCUAGAACACAAAGUAGCGAUGCCAAACAUUCCUGUAUUGUGACGUUUGGCUUCAAGGAUGAGGUGUUUGGUGAGAUGACAUUACCAGCGACAAGAAGUAUGCUAUCGGAGAUCACGAUGGAGUAUCUGACUGUAUUGCAGGACUCACUUUCUUUUGUCAAUAUUGCUAACGACUUGGGAGAUGGUGAGCAUCCCAGUUGUUGGGUUUGGGUGAUGGAAAAGUAUGGUGGGGAGGAGUCUUGGACUUUACUAUUCCGAGUUGACACUAGUAGUGUAUUGGAUUGGCCGGUUGGCUUUAGGAUGAAUGGUGAAUUGGCCAUGGAGACAAGGGAGGCAUCCUUGGUUUCCUAUGACCCUGAAAGCAAACAAGUCAAGGAUCUUGGAAUCCACGGCUGUGAACUAGUACAAAAUGAAAACGCACGGCGCACUCGUUCAUUUUACAUGGGGAAGUACGUGGAGAGCCUUAUUUUGCUGGAAAGGGAGGCGAGCGCUCCUGAGCAUACGGGUACCAUUGAUGAAUAUUCACUAUUUGUUGCGGAGUUCAAAAGGGCAGUGGAUGUUAUAUUGAGGAUUCUCACGGGGGAAGAAGAAGACUGAUACGCUGCUUUUGUAGAACAACAAGAAGACUUGAUGGAAUCUUAUGCAGAAUGAAGAUAAUGGAGCUCAGAAAUCAAGAAGCUCUAUUGAAAACAGCUGAAGAAGAGAAGGAAAGAUAUGUGUCCUCACUUUAGUAUGGAAAGCAGCUUAUAUUUUAUACUGUUAGGUUUUGCGGUUGUGAGAUGCAUUGUUUGAAUGCUAAAAAGACAGUUUAUCUGUAGAUGAAUUCACCGGUCUUUCGUAUUGAAGGGAACAAGCUGGUCGUGUUCUGUUUGUUUUCUUUAGAAGCCAAAUCAGAAACACAAGGGUUGAUAUGUUUCCAUUAGAACAUUGUGGUACCCGAGUUAUGUAUGCCAAUAUCAACUUUUUUCUUUGUAUGAUAAUCUUCUGCUUGGAGUAA